AUGACAGUUACCAGCAUCUUACUGCUGAGAUGGUCUCAGGCUCGGGCAGAAACAGAUGCCUCCUGUUCAAGCGCUCCCUGUCGGAGCUCCGUCAAACAUCGCUGCCGGCACACGGUGGCAGCAGCCGCCCGCGGUCUCGCCGAGCCCCAGCCCAGCAGCACGGCCGGCGGGGCACCAGGUCACCACGCAGAGGAACUAGUUCUUGUGGAGAGAGGAUGGCCUCCUGCAGGGAUUUCUGAAACGGCAUGCAGCCGGGAGUUAGUGCGAGCUGAGGGUUGGUGUUUCCCGUCUCACACUGCCGGGGCUCUAGCAGUGCACAGCUGCAGCAGUCUGCAGGCAGAGCUACUGGUCAGCAUCCUGUCAAAUAAAUCUCAAGUGUCUAAGAAAUGCUCUGUCAUGAAAACUCUUGUGACUUUACCCAGCAGUCAUGCUGCAAUAGGUUUGGAAGGAAGGAAUAACAGGAGAGCUGAAAUAGAAAAGAAACAGGUGAAUAAUGCAGCAUUCAAAUACACAGGUAGGAUAUUUGUUUUUCUGAUGUGUUUUUUACCUUGUCUGUGGCCUGGAAUAUGUUAUGAGGAUAAUACCUUGUUGACAUGGACAACAGUAACACAGGAAGGUCAGUUUAGGAAAUGUCUGUUGCAGGAAAGUCAGGAGCAAUUUGUUUGUCAUUUAUUUGGUUCAGGUUCACUCUCCUUUCUCCAGGCUAUCAUCCUGCAAAGUAAAAUCAAAACUAGACUAGUGAAACCCUCAAGAUGGUGGAAGAUUGAAACUAGAAAUAGGUUGAAAGAUAUGUUUGGCCACCUGUCUGUAAUUGGAGCUCUGAGCUGGAAUCAUUACAUUCUGAGCAGUGGUUCAUGACUAGUUUCUAUUCAUCAUCAUGAUGUUCUGGUUGCUCAGCACCAUGGUGGGACUUUUUGCCAAAACAAAAGCAUUUGCAGCCUGAAAUGGUUACUAACCAACCAGUUGCUGGCAGAUGAGUCUAGUGGUGGUAUAUUGAAUAUCUGGCCUAGUGACCCUAGUAAAUUGCAGUCACAGCCACUGAGAACCAUAUCUCAACAGUUAAGGUAUAUGAAGAAGGAAUGUCUGUUUUUCUUUAUUAGUUCUCAUGAAAGCACACUGUUGAUGUGGACAGCUGUAAACUGGUGUCCUUGGCAGACCAAAGUCCCUGCUACAGGAGGUGGAAUGAAAGAUAGGAUUUUCAGUGUCUGGGAAAUAAAUUGUGAGAAAAUCAUCCAAAGUGCAGCUACAGAUUCUCAGAAUUUUAAAUUACAAUGGAUUUGUUCUUUGCUCUGGUUACCCAAAACCAGCGAACUUAUGACAGGACAAGGCCUUCUUGGAAAUCAGAUGAAAAUAUGGAAGUAUCCCACGCUUUUCAAUUCAUCAGAACUCUAUGGUCACAAAAGGAGAGUCUUGCAUAUAGCCCUUAGCCCAGAUCAGAGGAAGCUCCCUUCUGCUGCAACAAAUUGAAUGGCUUGUCUGUGGAAAUGCCAUGAAUCUGUGGAGAGCAAACACAGCAGCAAGGCUUUUAAACAGUGGUUAUUUGAGCUCAUUCUUACGACUUCAUUUCCUUGA